GAACACGUCCACGCCUAAGUAUUAAAUACUUCUUUUGGGAAAAUAUAGCUGCCAACUUCACAAAGAGCAACUGUGUGUCCAACAAAAUACUGCUUUGAAACCCGGCAAAUGUGCCUUUAAUAACCUACCAUUAUACUUGUUAGUAAUUUUUCCAACAUCCGCAUGGUUGUACCGCUUCAUUCGUCGAAUUGAUUUUUGUUCAAGUGGCCUAACAAAAUAAAUAUUUGUUCAGUUCAAGUACUUAUCUAAUUCCAUUUGCAAUCGGGACUUAUCAGCCGUAAGACCAGCAUUUCGGCGAGAUAUUACCGAUUUAUGGCAUCCUUUCAGUGGGGCCAGUGCCAUACAUCUAUCAAGCAAUUUCAAUUACAGCGCGCCAAUAACUCACUAGCUCCCAUUUAUUGCGGCUUCAUCGGAACUUAUCAUUGUUUUAUCAAUCUGCCCGGCAACCCAAGCGAUUGAACAGCCAGUCGGUUUCCGCACCUAAUCAUCUUAUAGUCGGGUAAAGUAAAUCAAGGGUAAAGACAAACAGAGGACUCAGGCACAUGCGCCAAAGUCAUCGACAUCGGGCAAAUGGCGUAAGAUAAGGCGACAGGGCCACUUGUUGACCUAGUGGAGCAAUCAGCUAACAGGCGGGUACAGCUGUUGGCCACCCACCCAGACGUCCUGUCUCGCCGUCUAUAGAUAAACAAUAGCAGAGCAACCAGUUCCCAUAUCGAUUGAUAUCAACGGUAUGCUGCUAUCCCAUUAAGAACUUGCCGGAUUAGGAUUGUAAAGUUCGGUGUACUCCCAUCGUCGGGGUGUCCAAAUGGGUUUUUAGUUGGAUUGGGCUGAUAAGGCCGCGAUAAGAAUGGAAGAAUCCGCGGCGUGGAGAAGAGCAGACCGAAUAAAAAUAGAAACGCGCGGGAGAACGGCAUGUGAGCGCCGAAUCAAAGCACAGCAGAGCGCUCCCGACUCGACCAUUUGAUGUGGUUGAAUCAGUCAAUAAGUGGCACUGCUCCCAGCUAGUCGCUCCAGAGCGUCUAUAAAUAAAGCUGCCGAGGCGGAAAGAUCGCGGCCGCGAGUUAUAAAACACCGAUUAGAAGUGCAUUUCACCACGUGCUUCGCGGACCCUUCAAUGACCAGCCAGAAGGCGGAAAACGGCAGCUCUCCGAGCGAGGCCAAGAGCAAUGGCCAUGCGGACGCCGAGGCGGCGGCGGCUGGCGGGGAUGACGAAAACUCGCUGGACGCAAUUCUGGUGCGGAUCGGCCAAUUCGGGCGCUAUCAGAUCAUCAACUAUGUUCUGCUCUGCGUUCCCAUGCUCUUCAACGCUUUCUUCUCCAUCUCCUAUGUUUUCACGGCGAGCACAGUGGUGCACAGGUGCAACGUCCCCGAGUGCGAUAGUCUCAGCAGUGCGUACGAGGAAGACUGGCUAAACUUCACCAUCCCCUACAAGAACUCCUUCGAUGCCUGCCAUCGCUACGUCCUCAACGAGACCCUCAUCACUGAUCCAUCUUCAACGUACUGCGCCAAGGAUUACUUUACCGACAUAUCGGAGACCUGCGGGCACGACUUCAAGUUCAGGGACGAGGAAAAGACUAUUUCAACUGAGUUCGGAAUAUACUGUAAUGACGAGUGGAAGCUGUCCCUGGUGGGCACCAUUAAUAAUGUGGGCCAGUUUGUCGGCAUACCUCUUGGAGGAUUCUUCGCAGAUAGGUUCGGUCGCCGCACUAUGCUUGCCGUAGCCGGAUCCCUGAGCGCUGUAAUGGGCGUGACUCGUUCGCUGUCGAGCAGCUACUCAAUGUUCCUGGUGUUUGAAUUCCUGGACAUGGCAGUGGGCAGCACCCUUUUUCCAACCGCCUUCCUGCUGGCCAUCGAACUGGUAGGUCCAAAGCGGCGAGUGGCAGCGGCGACGAUUAUCACCAUCUUCUACGCACUCGGCGAGGCCUUUCUCGGGUUCCUGGCUUCCCAGGUGCAACAGUGGCGCUGGCUUCUCCGAGUGCUUUACGCCCCAGCCGUGCUCCAGAUCCUGUUUUUAUGGAUCCUGCCGGAGAGUGUCCGGUGGCUGCUGAGCCAGGGCGCCGAAGAGAAGGCCGCCAACGUGCUGCGGCGGGCCGCACGAAUCAACAAGCGAUCGCUGCCCGAGGAGCAGGUGGAGGAGCUGUUGGCCACCAACCGUCAGAAGCUCAGCCAGGCCAACGAGAGCCAGUACCCGAUCAUGAGGGCCGUGCGCUUCUUUUCCCUGCGGAUCGCCAAUUGUUGUCUUUGCUGGUUCACCCACACGCUAAUUGCCCUGGGACUUAGCCUCAACUCAGUUAAUCUGGGCGGAAACAAGUACACCAACUUUAUGUUGAACGGCUUCAUCCAGAUCCCGGGUCUACUGCUGCCCUUGGUCAUCAUGGAUCGCGUUGGCAGGCGCUACUCGCUCUGCGCCUCAAUGCUGCUAUGUGCCAUCUGCAUGGGUGCCUCUGCGGGAGUGCCAGAAGAUAACUACGCGGGAUCGCUGACUCUGUUCCUAAUUGGGAAGCUGGCCAUCACUUGCAGCUUCCAGAUCCUGUACUUCUUUACGUCAGAGAUCUUUCCCACCAACGUGCGCAACAGCCUGUUGUCCCUCUGCUCCAUGGUGGGACGCAUUGGCUCCAUGUUGGCUCCGCAAACUCCUUUACUGGCCAAGUACUACAUAUAUGCCCCGCAGAUACUCUUCGCAACCUUCGCUCUGAUCAGCGGCUUCCUGACCCUAGCAUUCCCCGAGACGGCGGACAAGGUGCUUCCCACGACCAUGGAGGAGGCCCGAGACCUCAACCAGGCCAAGCGCCGUGCUCAGGGGGCUGAGGUUCAAGAGCUGGGAGAGGGGCCGGCACCCAAGGUCGUCCAAUAAUGAUCUCGGACCAGGAGCUGCAGGGAGGCUAAUAGAAGCCAAGUAUGAGUUAGUUUAAGUGGGAGCCCACGCAUUUGUUGUUUUUUAUAAGUGUUUUAUUUAGUUAGGGCUCGUUCGUACGAUUUUGUAGUGCACGGGCAACAACUUUUAUCCGUGAUAUUUAUUGGCUGCAUUGCCUUUCUAUCUUCUUUUAAACCUCAAGAAAAUCUGUAAAUGUCAUUAUUUAUUAUAUCAGGCUAAAUAUAGGCAUAAUUAAUAAAAUCGGUCCACCAAUGGAAAUACAAGAUGUGCUAGUUUUUGCGGAAGACGCGUGAAAAGAACGUGCUGUUUUAUAUACGAAAAUAGAAAAAGACAGGGCGCCAGUAUACGGUUUUGAAUCGCUUCUAUUUUUCGCGGCUUGACAGUAAACCAUGCCAUAUGAAAUGCGGGUGAACUUUGCAAUUUUCGGUCACACUACAAAGAAUAUGAUUUUUUGAUUAGUGAAACACUUAGUGUUGGGGUUUUAUACAACAAAAUAAAAAUAAUCUUUUUUUUUUUGUUUAAUAAAAUGUUCUUUUAAAUUCAGGUUAAUUAUAUAAAUUUGGUACUGUCGAUCAGGUGUCCGUAAAUAGGAGGAUACCUUCUUAUGUAAGCCCUUUACAAAUGUUUAAAUAAAAGAUCUUGAAAAUUA